UAAGAAAACCAGCCGUCCGCUGAACUCGUUUCUUUACAGUUUGUCGGGUGUACAAAGAUGGCCGCCGCACGCGUCUCUAUGAGAGCACAAAGAUGGCUUCCUCAUUUCUUUCCGUGAAAUGGGAAAGCUGAGCAAUGAGAGUACAAACAUGUCCGAUCGGAGUUACCAUGGCAGCACUUCCGCUCUUCAACUCUAUGGUACUAACGGCUCCAGCAACGGGAGGAAGCCACGCCCCCGGCACAUACAAGAUGUCUGCAGUGAGAACACUGAGUGCAAGGGAAUGUGAAGAUGAUGAGGGUGACGCCAUUCCCUGUAACUUUGUCCCACAGCCCCUCCCCCUGGGUGUGGGCGGGGGCACAGAGUCCCACCCUCUCCUGGAUAUUUCACUGACCCCUGAUAAAGGGGGCGGGAUCCUGAGGCGGAAGAGUUGGGAGCGUGGGCAGGUCCAGAGGCAGGUGCGUUUUGUGCUGAGUGAAGAGUCCAGAAGCCGAGGGAGGAGCCAUGAGCUGGGGGUGGGGCUGCAAUGUCCCAGGAUGCACAGCACGGCGGGGCUGAAGGAGCAGGUGCAGAGGGAGGUGGAGCAGCAGUUUCAUGCUGACAGUGCGGUGCAGAGGGAGCUGGAGAGGUCGUACAGAGUGAGGCGGAGCAUAGAGAGUGAGGCCGCCAGAGCGCUGAAUGUGGGCCGGGCCCAGACUUUGUAUCAGGGACUAAUGAGCGUUGAACCCCCUGCGGAGCACGUGCAGAGACUGAGCGAGAAGCCUCGCAGAGUGGAGGCCAAAGAGGCUCCUCAGCUCCAGGCUCCGGAUCUUUCUGCUUUCUCCCAUCUAUGCGAGCGCUUCACUGAGACGCCAUAUCUGACUGUGGAAGGACCGCCCCCUCUCACCAUAUGUCCCCGCCCACGGCCGUCUCACACCGCAUUUGAUAUGUACCACAAGCUGAAGGAAUGGGCCCCAUAAUGGAUCCCCCACACGCACUGACACGGAACAUUGAAUUGCCCGGCUCUGGGGCCCGAGAUUUGGGACCUCAGCAGGAUUAUAUGUUAUUUUUCUAAUAAAGAGACGUAAAUAUUG